AUGUUCUUAAUGAAAAAUUCUGUUAAAUCUAUAUUCUCUAGAGCUAUUUCUAUGAAUAGAAGCUCAUAUUAGGGACUCAUAAGAGCUAGAUAGUUAACUAACUAAUCAAUUAACACCUUUGCAAAUUAGCCUGAAGAUGAAAAAUACAGAGAGUUCCUUGAUCUUACUAAAAUAGAUAAGAAAUCUUUCUCUAAUCUAUCAAGAGAUGAGCAAAUCGCUAAAAUUGAUGAAGCUCUUAAGGCCUCUGAAAAAAAGGAUCCCGAUUUAGAAGAUGAUAGCUCCUUUGAUAGACCUGGUGCUAACUCAUUAUACAUAUUUUUGGUUGGUAGUUUAGGUCUUCUUGUUGGAUAUUUGGUAAUGCAAGUAAAUACCAUGCGUCAUUAAAAGAAAACUAGCUAAACUAAUCCUCAAUCCAUCAAAACAAACGUUUAGGGACAGGCACUCAUUGGUGGUGAUUGGUAAUUAACUGAUACCAAAGGUAAACCAUUCGGAAGUGAAAAUUUGAAAGGUACCUAUUACCUAAUAUACUUCGGGUUCUGUAACUGUCCUGAUAUUUGCCCUAACUCUUUAAUUAAAUUAGUUAAGGGUUUGUAAAAAGUUAGAGCCUCUCCUGAAGGUAAAUACCUUAAAAUUAAGACAGUUUUUGUUAGUGUUGAUCCUGACAGAGAUACUAAUGAAAAAAUCGAAGCAUUCUUAAACAUCUUUGAUAAAGAUAUCAUUGGUGUAACUGGCAAGCAUAAUAACGAUAAAGAUCUUAAAGAAAUGAUGAAGAAAUUCAGAAUUUAUUCAACCAAGAUGGAAUACGAAGAUAUUGAAGAUGAUAGAGGUAAGGACAGCAAAGGAAAAAUGAAAAAUAACUAUACAAUCGAUCAUACUGUAUUAACAUAUUUAAUGGAUGAUUAAAACAACUACUUAGCUCAUUUAGGUUCCAACUUAAGUGAAACAGAUCUUGCCAAAGUUAUAACAGAAAAUAUUCUUGCAAACGAAAGAAAUAAAAUUAGGCGUUUGUGA